UGGUUUUGGUCUGUUGCGAGAUAGCUAACUCGGUAACUUGUUAGCCACUCAUUGAAACUGACAAUAUUGUUAAAAAAUUUUAAAAAAUUGUAGAUAAACGCAGCUAUAUUACUAGGGCAGCAGACUGAUUUCGAUACAGUACGGUACCUUCAGAAAAUGGUAAAACGGGAGUUAGCUAGCUAGCCUGCUUCACAAGCUAUCAAAAGAAAAUGAGCUGACUUGUUAUCUUCCAUAGCUAGGGAGCUGAAGUAAACCUGUCAGCUAGCGAGCUAUGUUAGCGAACUCGUCGUUCAUGUAAAGUUGAGGUGACGGGUACAUUUUCGGCUAUCAAAGGCGAUAUCAAAUAUGUUCUCUGUCCGGCUGAUUGAAUUUCAAAGGAUUUAAAGAUGACUACUUCAUGGAGCGACCGAUUGCAGAAUUACGCGGACCUCCCCGCCAACAUGGACGGACUGGCUAUGAAGAAAUACCGACGGGAAGCCUAUCACAGGGUGUUUGUCAACAGAAGUUUGGCCAUGGAGAAGAUUAAGUGCUUCGGCUUCGAUAUGGAUUACACGUUGGCGGUAUAUAAGUCCCCUGAGUAUGAAUCCCUGGGGUUUGAGCUGACAGUUGAGAGGCUGGUGUCCAUCGGCUAUCCUCAGGAGCUCCUCAACUUUGUCUACGACCCCGCCUUCCCCACCAGGGGCAUGGUGUUCGACACGCUGCAUGGAAACCUGCUGAAGGUGGAUGCUUAUGGGAACAUCCUGGUCUGUGUCCAUGGGUUUGAGUUUCUACGUGGGCCUGAAACCAGAGAGCUCUAUCCCAACAAGUUCAUCCAGCGAGACGACACUGAGCGCUUUUACAUCCUCAACACUCUCUUCAACCUGCCAGAGACCUACCUCUUUGCGUGCCUAGUCGACUUUUUCAGCAACUGUGAUCGAUAUGCAAGCUGUGAAACAGGGUUUAAGGAUGGAGACCUCUUCAUGUCCUUCAAGAGCAUGUUCCAGGACGUCCGAGACGCAGUGGACUGGGUCCACUUUAAGGGAACGUUAAAAGUGAAAACUGUAGAAAACCUGGAGAAGUACGUGGUGAAAGAUGGCAAACUGCCUCUCCUCCUCAGCAGAAUGAACGAAGUGGGCAAAGUGUUCCUGGCCACCAACAGUGACUACAAGUACACAGACAAAAUCAUGACAUACCUUUUUGAUUUUCCUCACGGGCCAAAGAUGGGCAUGGCUCAUCGGCCGUGGCAGUCCUACUUCGACCUCAUCCUGGUGGACGCGCGGAAGCCCAUGUUUUUUGGGGAGGGCACAGUGCUCAGGCAGGUGGACACGGCGACGGGGCGGCUGAAGAUCGGGACCUACACCGGACCCCUGCAGCACGGCAUCGUGUACUCUGGAGGCUCCUCAGACAUCGUGUGCGACCUGCUGGGGGCCAAGGGCAAGGACAUCCUGUACAUCGGGGACCACAUCUUCGGGGACAUCCUCAAGUCCAAGAAGAGGCAGGGCUGGAGGACCUUCCUGGUGAUCCCAGAGCUGGCCCAGGAGCUGCACGUGUGGACUGACAAGAGCUCCUUAUUCGAGGAAUUGCAAAGCCUGGACAUUUUCUUGGCAGAGCUGUACAAGCAUCUGGACAGCAGCAGCAACGAGAGGCCGGACAUCAGUGCGAUUCAGAGACGCGUUAAGAAAGUGACGCACGACAUGGACAUGUGCUACGGCAUGAUGGGAAGCCUGUUCCGCAGCGGCUCGCGCCAGACGCUCUUCGCCUCGCAGGUGAUGCGCUACGCGGACCUGUACGCCGCGUCCUUCAUCAACCUGCUGUACUACCCCUUCAGCUACCUGUUCCGCGCCGCGCACGUGCUGAUGCCCCACGAGUCGACGGUGGAGCACGCGCACGUGGACAUCAUCGACACCGAGUCGCCCUUGGCGACGCGAAACCGCCACGCGAUGGACUGCAAGGACUUCGACUGCAAGCGCAACCAGCUGACGCGCUCGGUCAGCGAGAUAAAGCCGCCCAACCUGUUCCCCCAGACCCCGCAGGAGAUCACGCACUGCCACGACGAGGACGACGACGAGGAGGAAGAGGAGGAGGAGGAGGAGGAGGAGGAGUAGAAACAGUAAGCUUUGAGCACAAGGAGUGACCGUUUGUAGUGCUUCCUGAUAGGAACCCCAUUGUAGAGGGAGGGAGUGUAGAGAAAGGCAUUUAGACAUAUUGGUUACACUUUAUAUAUGGAAAUUUAAGUACUUAUUUUUCAUUUUACUGUUUGUAAAUGUAUAUAACAGAUUAGGCCCCCUCAUUUUAGAUUGUUUUAUUUUUAUGCAAUACAGUUAAUUUUGUGAUACUAUGAUUAGUUUUCCGGGGGGUCGGACAGGAGUGGGUGAGGGUUUUUGACCAAACUCAAGCGGUCGCUUUAGCUGACAUGGGUAACCCUAUGAUUAAUGGUUGUCCUGUCAAAGAAAAGACAAAAAAAAAAAAAAAAAAAAACACUUCUGGUUUUUCUUUUUUUCUUUACCUGCAAACAGGUAGUAGAAACUCCAGUUUUCCUUUUGUGUUUACACUCUAAACCAUGAUGUAUGCAAAACAGUGUGAAGCAACGUGAACUUGAAGGCCGAGAGUUCUCACAACGGUAGACUCUACCGUACGCUCAUGGAUUCGUGGCUAUGUACGUUCUGCAGAACGGAACCGCCCGGUCUUACGGUCCUGUGCUGAUGUAGCUCGUGCAUUUCCAUCGAUCAUGGUCCAGUUUUAAUUUGUUUUUUUGUUUUUUUUGAUUGACAUUUUGAGAUAGCUGACUGUCUCGCUACUGUGCUGCAAAGCCUCUGCUUAAACGAAAAGUCCUGCCUUGGGUGUGACGGCUUUGCCCAGCCCCACCGUGUUAAAGUACAGCAUACGUGCGUUUCAGCUGCGCAAAGCACAAACAUUAUCGUUCGUAGGUUUCCUAGCGAAGAUAUAUACCAAUAUAGCAUUUUUACUCUAACAAUAACAAAAACACAGAAACAAAAAAAAAAACAGCACAUAGUUUAGAUUUUUAGACUUUGGCUGCAGUGUGCAUCGUUGGUAGAAAGCACAGGCUGCCCUCUGCUGUACAGUUAUGGUACUGCAUCCUGUGAUGCUAGCAUGCUAGCAUUUACUGAGCCGCCUGCUCCAACUCAGUAAACAUGGCUGCCGCCCGCUGCUGCUCUGUCGUCUCACUUUCGCUGAACACGCAGGCGUUUGGGUAUCCUCAACGUCGCUGAGCGUCAUUCAGAGACUUCAGUCACGCAGCUCGUGUGCUCUCCGUUCGCUGCUCUUUCUACGAGUUUGAGUUUGAGUUUGAAUGAUUGUAACUAUGGAAACUCUGUAUUGUUGUUAUUAUUGUUAUUAUUUUUAUUUUUAUUUUUUUACCUGAAGUGUAACGUUGCAGCUGAUUUUUUGCAAGGCGAUGACAGCUUAACGCAACUUGGGUGAGCUCGCCGUCCUCGCGUCGCCGUGGGAACGUAGCGUAACUGUGACUGAAUGACUCUGUCUGUACAUAGACUCUGGGGACCCCCCCCCCCCCCCCCCCCUGCUGGGAGAAGGCCAUCCUUGGAGGGCCUGUAGAUACAGCCUGAAUUGGCCCGUUUGAGCUCCCCCCCCGCCCCCCCCCCCCCCCCCCCCCCUUCCGUUCUCUCAGACCACAGAGGGGCCUUCCUGCACGAGUGAAACUUUGGCCUCUUGACCCCCCCCUGGAAUGCGGCAGGGUGAAGGAGGGACUGCCUCUGUGAGCUGCUCAGGCGAGCUCGUCACCGUCGUGUUUGAAAUAUGCACACUGUUCUUUUUUUUAAUACCCCCCCCCCAACGCAUUGCCGAGCGUUGUGCUGAAUGACAUACUAACCUCAGUCUUCUAACUGAUGCAGUGUUGUGACAGUGCGUAGGAUGGGAAUGAGAUCAGGCUUCAGAAAUGAAACUGUUUUUUUUUUUUUCGUUUUUUCUAAAGGGAAACAGGAUGUAUGUGGAGUGAGUUCACAAACGGACAAAUCGCUUCACAGCUCCUGUGCUUUUUGUCAGCCCCCCCCCCCCCCGCCACACAGCGAGCAUGAUAAGUACACAAGUGUUCAUCUUGGACAGAGUAACCGAAUGUAUGAAGACAAGGGGGUAGGCCCUGUUUUUGAAGCUAUGCUGGUUACAUCACGUUAGUUCCAAGUCUUAUUUACAGGACAAGAGAAGUGGAAUUUAAGACUCAGCUCUUAAAGUCAUUAUUUUUUACCUUUGCCUUUUCAAGAAGGGCAGUAUGGGAGUCCUGCCUGUUUGUGAAGCCACAAAGCAUGCAAAGCUGUCCAUUUCACACUGGAUUGUGAAGGUUAGCUGGUUCAGAGAGAGAGAGAGAGAGAGAGACGAGUGGAACUCAUUCUGAAAAACGUGUUUCCAAGCGGGGAAGCCUUGAGAUCUGAGGACAUUCUACUCUCUUAACAGCAAUAGCAAAUCAAGCAGGCAGAAAAGCUGGGAUCUCAUCAACUGGAGCAGGAAAGUCGAGGAAUGGAUCCCUGCAUUUAGCAAUGCAACUUCCCGUUGUGGUUUCCUCCUAUGUUAUAUGGCUAAAUCCAGCUGUAUAUAAACUUUCCUGACUUCAAUGUCAUGUUUUUUUUGUUUUUUUGAACUCCCAUACAUUUCUGUUCCCAUAAUAUUUUAAACUGUAGCACUAACGGUUUCAGAGUUCAUGCAGAGGAAAUAAACUGAAGUAAACUGUCCCUGUCAUACAGGUAAAUGUAAAACGGUUUUAGAAAAUGGCGUGUUACACACACACAUUUCCCUAAACGAAGACCGUAGGGUGCCAAAGCCUUUAUCAUGCAUUGGUUUAAAAAAAUAUAUAUAUAUUUUACAAAAUAGUUUUGUGCAUGUUAUACAGUAGCUCUUACGUUUUUAAAGGACCUGUUAGUUUUGUUUCCUAAAAGAGUAUAAUUAAAAGUGUACAUUUAGGAUGUGUCAUUUUAAUGUAAAAUAAAGCUUAUAACUUACA